AUGCAAGGGACACUAAGGAGGAGCAAGUGCCUCUUGACCAGACCCUUUGAGCUCCAAGAAGCAUAUUACAGGCCAGGAGACCUCCUGGUUGGUGGGAUUUUGCCCCACCUGAAGGCUGCAGUUACACAUCCAUCCUUUGAAAAACCUCCCAGGAAUAUCCAUGCUGCACGCCCGGUGGCCAAAAACUAUCAACAAAUCCUGGCCCUUGCAUUUGCCAUCAGAGAGAUCAACAAGGAUCCGGCACUCCUUCCCAACAUCACGAUGGGCUUCCGAAUCUUUGAAGACACUUACUUUGCAAGAAUGACCUACCAGGCAGGCCUGUCCUUUCUGUCCAUGGGGGACCAUAUCGUGCCUAACUACAGAUGCAGCAGACAGGAGAAGCUGCUCUCUGUCAUUGGAAGUCUCUACUCCAGAAUCUCAAUGCAGAUGGCCUCCCUCUUGGGCCUCUUCAAGGUCCCGCAGAUUGAUCCCAGUGAAGUCCCACAGUAUUUGGGGAUCAUCCGCUUACUUCUUCAUUUCCAUUGGAACUGGAUUGGGAUUGUUGCUCCAGAUGAUGACAGCGGUGAAAACUUCAUCCAAGCACUAACACCAAUGCUUGAACAGAACAACAUCUGUGUCGAGUUCAUUCAACGGACCAUGGCUGAAAUCUCAGUGUACACCUUCGCAUCAAGACAUGCAAUGACGGGGAAUGGGAAGAGGCUUCUGAAUGUUCAGCCAUGGCAGAUCCUUGCCUCUCUGAGGAGCACCCAGUUCAACAACAGUGCUGGUGAGGAAGUGUUUUUCAUUGGAAACAAGAAGGGAUCAGCUGGCUAUGAUAUCCUGAACUUAGUUUUAUUUCCAAAUAAAUCUUCAGCUCAAGUGAAAGUUGGAAGGAUGGAUCCUAGGGCUCCCCCAGGCAAAGACUUCAUCAUUAAUGCAGAUGCAAUUGUUUGGGCUACCCAGAAGCUGCCCUCUUCCAGGUGCGUGGAGAGCUGCCUGCCAGGGUACAGCAGAAAAGUUCUAGAAGAAGAGCUGCCUUGUUGUUAUGAAUGUGAAUUCUGCCCAGAAGGGGUGAUUUCUAACCAAACAGAUGCUGACCGUUGUGUCCCAUGUUCAGAGGAUCAAUAUUCAAACGAGAACAAAGAUCAGUGUAUCUCCAAGAACAUAAGCUUUCUUUCCUAUCAAGAGAUUUUGGGGAUGGUUUUGGCUUCCCUUGCUCUUUUGUUGUCUCAGAUCACAGCCCUAGUCCUGGCAACCAUAAUUAAAUAUCGAGAUACACCAGUCGUCAAAGCCAACAACAGAGAACUCACCUAUGUCCUCCUCAUCUCUCUCCUUCUCUGCUUCUUCUCCUCCUUCCUAUUCAUUGGUCGACCUACAAGGAUCACCUGCCUUCUGAAACAAAUUGCUUUUACUGUGACCUUCUCUGUUGCCAUUUCCUCAAUCUUGGCCAAAACGAUCAUGGUGGUUGUGGCCUUCAUGGCCACUAAGCCAGGAAACAGGGCCAGGGAACUGUUGGGGAGACAAGGAGUAAACUCCAUUCUCCUGGUCUGUCCACUCCUCCAAGUUAUUAUCUCUGCCAUUUGGCUAGGAACCUCUCCCCCAUUCCCCAGCUUGGACUUCCAUUCCUUGCCCAAGGAGAUCAUAGUGGAAUGUAAUGAGGGGUCAGUCAUCAUGUUUUACACAGCCCUGGGAUACAUGGGAUUUCUGGCCCUGGUCAGCUUUGUGGUGGCUUUCCUAGCCAGGAAACUCCCUGACAGCUUUAACGAAGCCAAGUUUAUCACCUUCAGCAUGCUGGUGUUCUGCAGCACGUGGAUCUCCUUCAUGCCCACUUACCUGAGCACAAAAGGGAAGGCUAUGGUGGCCGUGGAGGUCUUCUCCAUCUUGGCCUCUGGUGCUGGUCUCCUGGGCUGCAUCUUCCUUCCCAAAUGCUACAUUAUUUUCCUGAGGCCUGAUCUCAAUAGCAGAGAUCACCUUCUUAGGAACAAGAAGUACAGGAACCCAGUGGCUAAAAACUACCAGCAAAUCCUGGCCCUCGUGUUUGCCAUCAGUGAGAUCAACAAGGAUCUGGCACUCCUCCCCAAUAUCACGCUGGGCUUCCGCAUCUUUGAGGACACCUACUUUGCAAGAAUGACCUACCAGGCAGGCCUGUCCUUUCUGUCCAUGGGGGACCAAAUUGUGCCUAAUUGCAGAUGCAGCAGACAGGAGAAGCUGCUCUCUGUCAUUGGAAGUCUUUCCUCCAGAAUCUCAAUGCAGAUGGCCUCCCUCUUGGGCCUUUUCAAGAUCCCACAGCAAACGAGAAAGAACCGGGCGGCGCAGCUUUCGGCUGCUUUGAGUCGGCACUCCACCCUCAAAAAUCGGCAUUGUGCCCGUCGGCAUCGACGAUGGUGGACAACGCGGCCCCGACGGUCACAUCGGCCAAUGUGGCACCGGUCUCGACCUAAUUGCCGAUCGAGCGAGGCUCCUCCACAAAACGAUUCCAUGAAGGAUCAGUGGAUACGCCCACCAAGAAACGUCGGGAUGACUCGGGGACCUGAGCAUCCGUUCCGAAGAAGGCGAAGUCAAAAGAGAAGCGGAAGAGGUCCCGCACUCCAUCGCCUUCCCGUGACGUUUCAGCACCGAUGA